UGCUAAACCAUACGUGGCAUUAAGAAAGUCCGUAAGUCGAUGAUUAUUUCCAACUUUUGAACCUAGAAAAGAUCCAAAGUUCUUGUUCUGGGUUCUCACGAACAUAGUUACACAUUGUGUGAGUAACAUUCUGCAGUUUUGUUGUUGUUUUGAGGAAUUUCAAGGGUAAAAUACCGAGUGUUUCCUACCAAAAACGCCGGACGGCGGCCAUUUUGACAUGUGUGUUAACUGCAUGUAAUGUAAUCGUACGGUAAGCAAUUCGUGUUUAUAGCUACGUGUUUAUAGCUACGUGUUUAGAGGUGACGUAAUAUUACCAUUUGAACCGGAAAAGACACAAUCUAAGAAGAUAUCAAUGACUUGGUACCAUUUCUUGAUGAACUCACAUAGUGAGUUGUAAACUGGAAUGUUUUGUUGGUCCUCUCCUGACGACUUUUUGACUCAUUUUUUUUACAAAAUCAAUCAAAAGUUAUUCCUGGACAGCGGUUUCUGUUGUGUGUACUUUUUUUCUGACGAUACGUCAAUAAGAAUUUGAGCAUCUUCGUAGCACAACCAUGAGUUAUAAUCAAGGACCGGCCGGUUAUAAUCAACAACAGAACUAUGGUGUCCCGUCUUCGCAGGCGGGGAGAAAUCGUAGUCAAUAUGGCGGACCCGCCCCAAACAAUUAUUACGGAGGAGGGGUAAAUGCCCAGCCCCCGCCGCCCAGUAGUGGUGGCCCACCACCAAUGGGCCCACCACCCCAGGGCAAACAACCAAUCGGUGCCUUUGGAGAAGGGCGAGGGAAUCCUCCUCAGCAACAGGGUUACGGGGCACCAGCUAUGAACGGUCCAUCCAGCCAUGGUACCCCACCCCCUACGUCAAAUCAACACCAACCGUACGGCCAACCAGGACAAAAUGGUUACAGUAGUAUGCCGCCGACAACGCAAGGCGCUCCGAUGGGGUACAGUGGUGGUCAACCAAACAGAGUUCCAGCUCAGCCUGGACCUCCUAACCAACCUCCAUCUAGCCAGCCAGGAUUCUAUCAGCCACAGCCACCACAGCAGCCACAGCCGCCUCAGCAGCCACAGCCGCCACAGCAGCCACAGUCGCCACAGCAGCCACAGUAUGGUGCUACGCAAGGCCAGCUGUCCAACCAAAUGAAUAAUAUGAGUCUUAGUGGACCACCUCAAGGGCCUGCUCAAGGGUCACCCCAAGGACCCCCUUCAGGACCCCCUGCAGGACCCCCCCAAGGAAUGGGUGCACCACCAACAAACAUGGGUCGAAGCCAACCUCCAAUGAUGAGUGGUCCACCCCCAACAUCAAGUAUGUCAGGUCCACCUCCUGCCAGCAGGCCAGGUCAGCCUCCAACCAGUAUGUAUGCCCCCCCGCAACCAGGUCAGACCAACAUGGCCCCGCCGUCGAUGUACCCACAACAAGGUGGUGGAUACAAUGCAACUCAGCCCGCUGGUGGUGGAGCCCCUGCACCGUACUCGAUAGGUGGAGCUCCCCAGCCGAGCAGUAUGGGAUAUCAACCAUCGGGGUCAGGUCCGACACCCCCGAUGUCACCAGCUAGUGGGAUGCCUAGACCAGGGGGUCCUCAGCAGUAUAGUGGAAUGGGACAGCCAGGAAUGGGACAGCCAGGGAUGGGGCAGCCAGGUGUACGGCAACCAGGAAUGGCCCAGCCAGGAAUGGGCCAACCAGGAAUGGCCAAUCCAGGAAUGGGCCAACCAGGAAUGUCCCAUCCUGGAAUGGGCCAACCUGGUAUUCAACAGCAGCCUCAGCAACCACAGAAGAAGCUUGACCCUGAUCAGAUGCCGAGUGUGAUUCAAGUUAUACAGGACGACAGAAAGAACAAGGGAAACCAACAGUUUAUCACAAAUAUCCGAGGACAAUGUCCCCCUCUAGUGACAACGGACUUCCAGGUCAUUGAUCAAGGAAACAGCAGUCCACGUUUUAUGCGUUCCACCAUGUACAGCAUUCCUUGCACCCAAGAUAUGAUCAAACAGUCGCAGGUCCCGAUAGGCGUUGUAGUGUCUCCGUUUGCUGAACUACCUGAGAAUGAGGCACCUCCACCCAUUGCAGAUCAUGGCCCCAACGGCCCAGUCCGAUGCAACAGAUGCAAAGCAUACAUGUGUCCCUUCAUGCAGUUUGUCGACGGAGGGCGGCGUUUCUCGUGUGCUUUUUGCACGUGUGUCACAGAUGUUCCCCCGGAGUACUUCCAGCCCCUUGAUCACAUGAGUCGCAGAGUAGACGCCUACGAGAGACCGGAGUUAUCUCUAGGAACAUUUGAGUAUAUUGCGACGGCGGACUACUGCAAGAAUAACAAACUCCCUAAACCACCGGCUUUUAUCUUCAUGAUCGAUGUGACGUAUCAGAGUAUAAAGACAGGAAUGGUUCAUCUUCUUUGUAAAGAGCUUGGGUCACUGUUAGAGAAAUUACCAAGUGAGCAUGGUAUGAAGGAAUCCAUGAUACGCGUAGGCUUUGUCACGUACGACUCAUCGCUGCACUUUUACAAUCUAAACAGCGCCCUCGCUCAGCCACAGAUGCUGGUGGUGUCGGACGUCCAUGAUGUGUUCCUCCCACUGCUGGAUGGGUUCUUGGUCAACUUGUCUGAAUCUAGAGCUGUUAUCGAGAGUUUACUGGAGCAGAUUCCACAGAUGUUUGCUGAAACGAGAGAAACAGAGACAAUGCUCGGACCAGUGGUUCAAGCAGGUCUUGAAGCAAUUAAGUCUUCUGAUCGAGCAGGGAAGCUGUUUCUCUUCCACGCCUCUCUACCCAUCGCUGAUGCUCCCGGAAAAAUUAAGAACAGAGACGACAGAAAACUCCUUGGAACUGAGAAAGAAAAGACGUUGCUGUCUCCACAAAUCAACUUUUAUACCAAACUAGGCCAGGAGUGCGUAACGGCAGGCUGCAGUGUGGACCUAUUUCUCUUCCCCAACUCCUACGUUGACGUAGCAACCAUCGGUCAAAUAUCAACACUGACUGGUGGACAAUGCUAUAAAUACAGCUACUUCCAGGCUGCCAAUGACGGCGAACGUUUCAUCCAUGAUCUGAACCACAAUGUCCAAAGGCCCAUUGGAUUCGACUCGGUCCUCCGGGUCCGGACUAGUACAGGUAUCAGACCAACCGACUUCUUUGGAAACUUCUACAUGGCAAACACGACGGACGUUGAAUUAGCGUCCAUUGAUAGCGAUAAAGCAAUCACCGUGGAGAUUAAACAUGAUGAUAAACUAACGGAGGAUGCUGGGGCCUUUAUCCAGGUUGCAGUUUUGUACACCAGUGUGUCAGGUCAGAGGAGACUUCGAAUCAUCAACCAAUCCUUCAACUGUUGCACCCAGAUGGCUGAUAUGUAUCGGAACUGUGAGAUGGAUACUAUUAUCAACUUCCUAGCCAAACAAGCUGUGAAGGCCGUUUUCAACUCCAACCCAAAAGCCAUCCGUGAUAACUUGACUAAUCGUUGUGCCAAUAUGUUAGCUUGCUACCGACGUAACUGCGCCAGCCCUUCCUCUCAAGGCCAAUUGAUUCUACCAGAGUGUAUGAAGUUACUUCCAUUAUACAUCAACUGUAUCUUAAAGAGCGAUGCUUUGGCUGGUAGUACGGACAUCACGACGGAUGAUCGUAGCUGGUUGAUGGACACUGUCAUAUCAAUGGGCGUCUCAUCUACUGCUGUUUAUUUCUACCCAAGACUACUCCAAGUGAAUGACCUUGAUCCGAACUCAACAGAUGUCCCCCUAGCAAUCCGAAGCUCCGUUGAUCGUCUACGAGACACCGGAGUCUAUCUCCUUGAGAAUGGUAACAUGAUGUUCCUAUGGAUCGGACUGCAUGUCAGUAAUGACUGGGUACAGGAUGUGUUUGGGGUUCACUCUCCAGCACAGAUUGAUAUCGAUUCUAGUAAGCUACUCAAUGUGGAUAAUCCGACGUCACUCCGAGUUAGGAAGCUUGUAGAGACGUUGAGGAAAGGACGACCACGGUACAUGAAGCUGACAUUCGUCCGACAACGUGACACACUAGAGGCGUGGUUCCGUCACUUCCUAGUAGAAGACAAAGGCUCCAACGCAUCACCAUCUUAUGUUGACUUCUUGUGUCACAUGCACAAAGAGAUAAGGAACCUCCUGGCUUAAAUAACCUCUGACCUUUGACACGUAGUCUCCCCUCUACCAAAAAGGGUAAUCUCGGGAUAGAGUGGCGAAGUUGAAAAAUCCGAUCCAAAAGCUCCCCCUCCCCUGUAUUAAAUUGACCAAUCGCAACUGUAAAGGGCACCCUACUCACACCUUGCAGUCUGGUACGCUUAAAGUAUAUUCCAAAAUGGCUACCGGCUUUUAGGUUUUAGCGUUGCAACUGAUUUGAGAGUGUGAAGUCAAUUGGUCUACGCAAUACCCAUAUUGACAUCGUGGGUAGGCAGUAAUUUUCUGGCGUUUUUUUCCGAAGCAAAAAUUUAUUAACAAGUGAUCGCAAUUGGAUUAUCAAAUUAUACUUGUUUUGAUUUCAUUCCUGUGCUAGGGUUAUAGAUGAAGUUUUUCAGGUAAAACAGUCGCGUCAUUCAACAGUAAACUCUGAUUAUAUUUUCUGCCGUUAGUUUUUGGCAACUCUAAACAAAGGUAUUGGGAGACUGUCAACAUAGGGCUGGAUAGCUCAUCAGUUGGUUGAGCACUGGUCAUAAAUCUGGAGGUCGUUGGUUCAAGUCUCGCUCCAGUCAAUUUGUCUUUGUUUAGUUUCUUUUAUCAGAUGCAUGGACGUUGUUUGUAAAGAGAGCUGAAUGUGAAUUUGAUUUACAAUGGUUGUUGUUAGUUUCAACAUGUUUGUGUUAUACGCUGAAUUAAGUGCUUAGCUUUAUUUGAAGAUGAGCUGUUACUAGCAUCGCCAUAGUGAUUUGUAUAAUAACAUCAUACUUUGCAAAGUAAAUAAGACUAUCGUCCCAACACCAUCUUGGAGGUAAAAACUUUGGUGACUCAUGUUUUAUGGUAUGGGUAAGUGAGCAACCUUCUUGACCUUUAUGGAAGGGCGCCCUCGUUCAGUCACAUCUGCUGAGAUAUAUUCUGUUUGUAAGUUAAACAUAAUUCCACUGUUAUCCACACCCAUUUCACACAGCUUGGCUCCACCGAUUACCAGAAGCCCACAGGAGUUUCACAGAGUUUCUUGUUCUGUGAGGAUUUAUGAAAAGUCUGAUAAUUGAACGUGCUUUAUACAAACGUUCUUCGUAGACUUGAGGUCUUCUCAGAAUUAUAGUUUGUGUCAUAAUUGCUUUUGGUUGAUGAAAUCCUUACACCCAUGCCUACACAUGUACUUGUUUUCAACUGUGAAGGGGGUAACCCUGUUUCAGCCUUAGGAAUAGGUAGUAGCGUGCCCCUGGUGACAGUAAUUAAGUGUAGCCCUCACCUUCAAGUGGCAAUCUGGGCUUGUCAUGAUAGGCAAUCUCUCAUCAAACAAAAUUAACACAAAAGUUUGGUAGCCAAUCGGAACCAAGCCUGUAACUGGUCUUUCUUGUUAGCUGAUAUCCAGUCAUGUGAUUGGUCAAUAAGCUCAUCUCUAAAUUAAUCUCAGUGCUUUGUAAAGUCCCAGCUCAGGGUUAUUUGUGUUUAACAAGAAUGAAGUCAACAAUAAAAGUGACUGAUUUCCCUGUAGCUUCAUUGUAAAUCUUCCCUAAUGGACCCUUUUAGAUUAUCAACCGACAAAUCAAACAUUUGCACUAUUUUUGAUAAAAGUGUACACAGCAAAAUUUGAAAUGCAAAAUGAGUUGGUUCUCCGAUUAAUUAAUAAUUCGCAAGGUUCGUUAAUUAGUGUGAUAAAUUUUUAAAUGGGUACAUUGAAAAUGUGGAAUCCAUAAACGAUGAAAUUUAAUUUAAGUGAUUUGGGUUGAAUUUCUUGGCCGCCUAGUAGAACAAAUGUUGCUUGACAUAAAACUCUCUGCUGUCUGAGAAUAAGCAUGCUUUCCCAUUCCCAUGCAGAAUUUAUUUAACCAUCAGAAAAUAAAUUGGCAGAAAACCCACUUUCUAGAUCGGAUUUCUUAACACAAUUUUGAAUAUUCAUUGCUUGGCGUCCUUUCUCCGGUAAUCUUCCAUGGCGACUUUAUGAGCGCUCAACGCUUUGUUGAAUUUUCUGUUGCUGGGUAGGGGAGGGGGGGGGGGGGGGGUGGGUGUCUACAUUUGACAGGAGAUUAACAGAAGUAACCUUAAUAUUUGAAUUUUUAUUGUCCUUAUAUUAAAUCUGAAUAAUAUUGUAAAUAGCAGUGGAUACUAACGCUAUGCUUUAUGUAUUUCAAGGCAGGUCGCUAUAAUGUCGGCCGUGUCACACAAGACAUAAUAUUUUGUGGGUAACUCUGAGGCAACCAAGUGCUCUUCCUGCAAAAAGAAGACACUUUUGAACAAGUUAUUAUUUCUAAUGGUGUCUUCAGGCCUUGGACCUUGUAUUUGAAGGGGCACUGUGAUUUUCCUCUAGUAUAAGGCCAUGGGGCUAAAUUUGUGUUGGAACUUUGCAGAGGGCACCACAGUAAAAGCAGAGAGCACCACGGCAAUUGUUGUGUGUGGCGUGGGUUAUGUUAAGGCCUGCAUCUUACAACCACAGAGAAAAACUGAAUGUUCUUCAUUUCUCUUCAAUGGAAACUGCUAGGAAUAAGUUGCCCAUUUAUAUCCUCUCUUGUGACUUGGCUUGAUUACAUUGAAAAGGGUAAACUGACUUUCAGGUUGUAUACUUUAAUUUAAUUUGUCCGUUUUUAUUAUUUGGUUCAACUUGGACGACUUUAAAAGUUCACAUUUUUGAGUUUUCUUGUUCAGGCAAAAAUUUGGCGAUGCAUACACUGACAUAGGUUAACAAUUUAGUUUUUAAGAUAAAACUGCUUAAGUUUCACUUCCCAAUUAAUUCAUAAUUAAUGAAAAAUCUGUUAAGAAACCUGUAAGAAAUAGAACAUAAUCUGUACAAGUCAAAUAUUUUUAUAUGAAUUAUCAUUAAAAAAUAUUUCAUCACUUACACACACAGUCCCGAAACGUUGAGACAUUGUUUUCUCCACAUCAUAUUGGAAAAGUUAAAUUUUUGAACUGAUUUAUUAUAUUUAACGUCAGAAUACACAUUCAAAAUCCAAUAGUUUUCUUUGAUAAUUAGCCAAAGGAGUUCUUGAAAUGUGAUGCUUUAUUGAGUUGCUCUUUAUAUAUUAAUUUGUAAAUUAAAAACAGAUGAAUUUUUCCAAUGGUAUAUACUUCCCGUUUAGUCAUCAGCAAAAAAUCCAUGUAAAGUAAUGUAUACUGUUUUUUGUUUUUUUGUUUUUUUUUGGGGGGGGGGGGAUGGUGUAUUUGUUUUUUUCACUUCAUGCAAAUUGAGGCAAGCUUCUAAUUUUACGUAGAUCUUUGUAUCUAAAUGAUUGUCAACAGCAUCACCUUAUAAUUUUAAUAGAAACUGUCGCUGAUAACAAAAAACAAUUGUUAAAUUUUUAAUGUGCUUCUAAUGAAACGAGUUCUUGAAUUGUAAACAGAGCUUUGACUGUUGUUUUGUUUCUUUAAUUUCCGAGCCUUAAAGUUCGACCAAUUUUGCGACAUUUCACUUGCCUUUGCAACAAACUUUCUUGUGUAGAAAUAUUCGAUUGUGUAAUUAAAGAUAUGUGUAUUAUACCAGAAGUACUGAGGUGUUUUUAGUUCUUUUUUUUUAAAUAGUUCUUUAGCCCCCCCCCCCCAACCCAUGACUUUGAAACUUUAAAAAUGUCCAUAUUGAAUUUUUGCAGAAUUUGUUUAUAUGCAUUACAAGACAACAAAGCGAAAACUGCCAGUCAGCGAAAAAGUCACCUGCAUUGAACAUAGUAGUUCAACAAAAUAAAUACCACUUCUCUCAUUACACAUUCAGUUAUACUU